CACUGAUGUGUUCCUCCACGUAUGACAGACUGACCUAGCCUAAAAUACAAGUACAAGUGUAGCAGACAAAAAUACGGCAUUUAGAAAAUUAAAAACUAACUUUAAAAAUUAAUAAGUUUCCAUAAAUUUAAAUUAAAACAAUUGAAAAUGGUUUCCGUACUAAACACAGUGGAUACCGGGCACGAGGACAUGAUCCACGACGCCGAGAUGGAUUAUUACGGUCUGAGGUUAGCGACGUGUUCUAGUGACAACUCAGUUAAGGUAUUUGAUCUGAAAAACGGAUCGCAGAGCCUGAUCGCCGACCUGAAGGGCCACGAUGGCCCAGUUUGGCAAGUCGCUUGGGCUCAUCCUAAAUUUGGAAACAUUCUUGCAUCCUGCAGCUAUGACAGGAAAGUAAUGAUAUGGAAAGAGCUGGGAGAAUGGAAAAAAAUCUACGAGCACACAAGCCACGAUUCCUCAGUGAACUCCGUAGCGUGGGCCCCCCAUGAGUUCGGUUUGAUUUUGGCAUGCGGAAGUUCUGACGGUUCAAUUUCAAUACUUACCAACAACGGAGACAGCUGGAGCACCCAGAAGAUACCAAACGCCCACACAAUCGGCUGCAACGCAGUCAGCUGGUGCCCAGUAAUCGACCCGACAUUCGACGCAGCUUCUCACCAGAGAACAGGCACCGUAAAGCGCCUCGCUACCGGCGGGUGCGAUAACUUAGUAAAGAUCUGGAGAGAAGAAGGUGAUCGUUGGGUUGAGGAAAAUAAAUUGGAAGCUCACAGUGACUGGGUUCGUGACGUCGCGUGGGCUCCAGCAGUCGGUCCACCACGCGCUGCAUUAGCUUCUUGCUCGCAGGACAGACGCGUGGUAGUGUGGACAUCUUCAGACUACGCCAGCUGGAAGCCCAACGUGUUGAAUGUCUUCGACGACGUUAUUUGGAACGUCAGCUGGUCGCUGACCGGCGGAAUCCUUGCUGUCAGCGGUGGAGACAACAAAGUCUCGCUCUGGAGAGAAAACUCUGAAGGACAGUGGUCUUGUAUUUCGGAGCUUAACAAAGGCCAGGGUAACCUUAACAACGCAGACCAACGGGUUCUCUAGUUCUCACAUACUAACCUACAAUAUAUCAAUAAAAAUGUAUAAUAAUUAAUAAUUACCUUUUAAUAAUUAUUUUUGUUUUGAUAAAUGUACGCUGUAAGUUUAGAGAAUAGAUUCUGGUUUUUAUUAUUGUA